CGCCGCACGCAAAUGGACGACGCCCGCAAAUUUUCCCUAAAAGAUAAGAUCAAACAAUCCCUCUGCUUCUCCUGUUGUUUUCCGACGAACCACCGUCAAAACCUACACUCCGAAUCAACAUCCUCCGGCAGCGAUAACAGCAAACGUCCUCUGUUUCUUGUCGGUGCAUCGUCGCAGUGGAUUAGAUCCCGAGCGACCCUUGAUCUUCCGGAGAUCAAACACAAGUGCCGUAACAUCUUCGGACAGAUUGGCUGCAGUAAUGGCAAACAAAACCACCGUCGCCGCCGCUCCUCUGCCGAUUUCAGGUACGAUCCUCUCAGCUACGCGCUCAAUUUCGAAGAGGAUUCCGGCAUGAACCUUGAGGAGGAUACUCCCCUCAAGGAUUUCUCGGCGAGGUUGCCGUUAUCGCCUCCGCGAUCCUCUACCGUACCGUCGUUGAAAACGAUGGACCAUCAAUCUUCCCCACCCAUAGCCGCCGUCUCCUGAUUCUCUAGUAAACCGUAGAUAUCUACAUCGGGACUUGUACAUGAAAUCAGGUGUUUAGGGUUUCAAGUGUCGUCUUUGCCAUGAAUUUCGCCGGUUACAUAUUUAAAAUUUUUAUAUUAUUAAAUCAAAUUUCAUAUAUUAUAUUGUAUUUGAUAUAUGUUUUUCCAUUUUAUAGAUCGAAAAUAAGCUUUUGAAACCUGUCUAAAUGAUGAAUUUUAGAUCCCCAAAACCAUGUGUCCAUGCUUGAAUGAGGUUCAAAACCAUAUACAUCAC